CCCUCCCCUGGCAGAGGGUGGGGGAGAAAAGGAGGCCUGGGCAGCCCAGCCCCACUGUGGGCUCAGGGCUGUGAGCACCAUGGCCUGGACUCCUCUGCUCCUCGCGCUCCUCUCUCACUGCACAGGGUCCCUCUCCCAGUUUGCUGUGAGUCAACCGCCGUCCCUGUCUGCAUCUCCGGGAGCCAGAGCCACACUCACCUGCACCCUGAGUGGUGUUUCCGAUAUUAGUGGCUACUGGAUAAACUGGUACCAGCAGAAGCCAGGGAGCCCUCCCCGGUUUCUCCUGAAUUUUAAAUCAGACUCAGAUAAGAACCAGGGCUCUGGGGUCCCCAGCCGCUUCUCUGGAUCCAAAGACACCUCGGCCAAAGCAAGACUCCUGACCAUCUCGGGGCUGCAGCAUGAGGACGAGGCUGACUAUUACUGUGCUACAUUCCAUGGCAGUGGGAGCAGCUUUCAUUGCACACAGUGUCUCAGAUGA